GUUCUAGCAAGCUGGCCGUGAGUGUUAAGUAGAGUAUAAAGCUGCAUGCGGAUGGUUAGUCCAAUCCGGCCCUAGUCACCCGCGAUGCAAAUCACACUCCUGCCAGGAGGACGUACCUGCCAUUUCUAGUAGUUCGUUUCUCUCUCUCUCUCUGACUCGGAGGGGCAUCAGCCAUGGGAGUGGAGGAGCAGGGGAAGAAGAAUGGCGGCGAUGGGGGUGGGAGGACGAACAAGUACGCUGUCGCCUGCUCCGUCAUCGGCUCCAUCAUCUCCAUCCUCAUGGGCUACGACACCGGCGUGAUGAGCGGCGCGAUGCUGUUCAUCAAGGAGGACCUCGGGACCAACGACACGCAGGUGCAGGCCCUCGCCGGCAUCCUCAACGUCUGCGCGCUCGCCGGCUCCCUCACCGCCGGCCGCGUCUCCGACUGGGUGGGGCGCCGCCGCACCAUCUCGCUCGCAGCCUGCAUCUUCCUCGCGGGCUCCGUCCUCAUGGGCCUCUCGCCCAACUUCGCCACGCUCCUGGCCGGCCGCUGCGUCGCCGGCGUCGGCGUCGGCUACGCGCUCAUGAUCGCGCCCGUCUACGCCGCCGAGAUCGCGUCCGCGGACAUCCGCGGCUCGCUCACCUCGCUCCCCGAGAUCUGCAUCAGCUUCGGCAUCCUCAUUGGCUACGUGUCCAACUACUUCCUCGCCAAGCUGCCGCUGGUCUACGGCUGGCGCACCAUGCUGGGGCUCGGCGCGCUCCCCAGCGCCGUGCUCGCCCUCGGCGUCCUGGCCAUGCCGGAGUCGCCCCGGUGGCUCGUCAUGCAGGCCCGCCCGGACGAGGCGCUCGCGGUCCUCCGGAAGGUCUGCAACACGGCGGGAGAGGCCGACGUGCGGCUCGCGGACAUCAAGAGCGCGGCCGGGUUCGUCGAGGGAGACGACGCGUCCGCGCCCGCGACCGGCAGCGGCGGCAAAGGCGUGUUGAAGGAGAUGUUCAUACACCCGACGCCGACCGUCCGUCGCGUCCUCGUGGCCGGCCUGGGCAUCCACUUCUUCCAGCACCUGAGCGGGAUCGAGGCCGUGGUCCUCUACAGCCCGCGGAUCUUCAAGGCGGCCGGCAUCGCCACCCGCAACAAGAUCCUCGCGGCAACCAUUGGGGUGGGCGUGACGAAGACGGUGUUCAUCAUGACGGCGAUCCUGCUCGUCGACCGCGUCGGCCGGCGGCCACUCUACCUGUCCAGCCUGGCCGGCAUCGUCGCCUCGCUAACCUGCCUCGGCCUAGGCCUCACCGUCAUCGAGCACUCGCCUCACGGCCACGGCGCGCCCUGGGCGGUCGUGCUGGCCAUCACCACGGUGUUCACCUUCGUCGCCUCCUUCUCCGUCGGCGUGGGGCCCAUCACUUGGGCCUACAGCUCAGAGGUCUGGCCGCUCCGGCUGCGCGCGCAGGGCGCCAGCAUCGGCGUGGCCAUCAACCGCAUAAUGAACGCCGGCGUGUCCAUGACCUUCGUCACCCUGUACAAGGCGAUCACCAUCGGCGGCGCCUUCUUCCUCUUCGCGGGGUUGGCGGUGGUGGCUGCCACGUUCUUCUACUUCUGUUGCCCGGAGACGCAGGGGAGGCCCCUGGAGGAGAUCGAGGAGGUGUUCAGCCAGGGUUGGCACGCCCGGCGGAGGCAGCAGCCGUCGUCGUCGCCGGUGGCCGACAGCAAGGCAUAGUGUUUCACGGUGACGGUACAAACCAUGUACCAGGACGUGUCCACACUUCGCAUGGCCGUAGUGUUUGGUCAUAGGAUUUUAAUAGUAGUAGCUUUUUAUUACAAAUAGUGCUGCACUUUGGAAGGUUUAUUAAAGAGAAAGAUAACCUAUCAGUACUGUAUUGUAGUAGCUGUCGUGAGUGUUGACAAGAAAUUUCCAAAACGAUCUUCAGAGAAAGAAUGGGAAUUUUAUGGGAAAUGUUUA